AUGGCCGAAAUCCUGCUUGAGCUGUCGAAGCCUGAAUUUCCAUAUAUUGGAGCCAUCAGAGAGAAAGAUUCAGGUGGAUGGACUGUGUCAAAGCGUCCACUCACUUUCAACAUGAACCAGGUUGCUCAAUUUUCCAAUAUCCCCCAUCACGUCUUCGGAUCACAGCGUUUUAGCAACGCGGCGGACCAUUUCGAAGAGCUUGCUCAACAGCAUUUCUAUCAUCUUAAGUUCAAACAGAACGUUGCAAUCUCAGACGAAAGCGACUGUCGAAAGAAAUACAUUGCGCGCUGCCUUUUCCGAAAACUUUCACGCGUCCAGAAGACUGGGAGCCCGAGCUUGAUGAAUUUUUAG